AAAAGAUUUCUUAAGCAGCGUUUAAUUUAGUUUUUCUUUUACAAGCGACUGGUUCGAAUUCACUUAAUUAACUUCACAAUACCAGCACCCGUCAUUUGUGGUCGUGUCCAUUGUGUUGUUCUUCCUUUCGGUGUUUUUGAAAAGUUUUCUUGCGAUUUUCCAAUUUAUUUCCACUAUUCGUUGGUAAACUGUCAGCCAGCCGCAUAAAACAACAGCAAAGUGUCUUACGUAUCACAGCAAAAGAACUUUGCAAAAAAAAAAGCAUUACAGCUGUGAGGGAAGUAAAGUGCAUCGAAACGAACGGAAACAAGAAUCCAAUAAAAAUAGAGAAAAAAAAAUUAUUCUCAUUUUAAAAUUGCAUCACGUGAGCAUUACGUGAACGUGAAAAUCUAAUAAGAAGAACUACAAAACACCACAACAAAGUUCAUAGUUUAAAAAGAGAAGUACCAUACCCUCAACGCUGCUCCAUCCAACUACCCCAACGUAAACUUUUCCUAAUUCAAUUUGUGAAUUAAAUUCACAAUACUACCAAUUUAAGGUUUAACGCGACUACAACAACGUCUCAGCACGAAAUGAACAACCUGCCCGACACUCCUGUACCCGAUCCAGGAUCUAGUGGAGACAAACAAGCUGAACCAGUCACCACAACAGCGCCCAAUAAGUCAAGUGCUCUGAAAAAGACAAGCCGUUAUCGCAGUCGUUCAUUAUCUGCCUCAUCGACAGAUUCAUUUAGUUCAGCCUCAUACACUGGCAGCAGCUCGGAUGAUGGGGACGAUGUACCACCACGCGAAAAGGUUCAAAAAAACACAAAAGGCAAUUCCGAUUUUUGUGUGCGUAAUAUUGCCGGUCAACAUGCGUUUGGCCGGCGUGAAAUCGAAAUAGCCGAACAAGAGAUGCCGGGUAUUAUGGCACUUCGAAAACGCGCUGCCGACGAUAAGCCGCUAAAAGAUGCAAAAAUUGUGGGUUGUACGCAUAUAAAUGCGCAAACAGCAGUUCUCAUUGAAACACUAGUAGAGUUGGGCGCAUCAGUGCGUUGGGCAGCAUGCAACAUAUAUUCCACACAGAACGAAGUAGCAGCUGCAUUGGCCGAGGCGGAUAUACCUAUCUUCGCAUGGCGCGGUGAAACGGAAGAGGAUUUCUGGUGGUGCAUCGAUCGUUGUGUAAAUGCGGAAAGCUGGCAGCCGAACAUGAUAUUGGAUGAUGGCGGUGAUGCGACACAUUUGAUGCUGAAGAAAUAUCCCACAAUGUUUAAGCUCGUUAAGGGCAUCGUGGAAGAGAGUGUCACCGGUGUGCAUCGUCUGUAUCAAUUGUCGAAGGCCGGCAAGCUUACUGUGCCCGCUAUGAAUGUCAAUGAUUCGGUGACAAAAACUAAAUUCGAUAACCUCUACAGCUGCAAAGAGUCCAUACUGGAUAGCUUGAAACGUUCAACGGAUGUUAUGUUCGGCGGCAAACAGGUGGUCGUCUGCGGCUAUGGUGAUGUCGGCAAAGGUUGUGCACAAGCGUUGAAGGGUCAAGGUUGCAUUGUUUAUAUAACUGAAAUUGAUCCGAUUUGUGCAUUACAAGCGAGCAUGGAUGGCUUCCGUGUGGUGAAAUUGAACGAGGUGAUACGCAAUGUCGAUAUUGUUGUGACGGCGACAGGCAACAAGAAUGUUGUUGUACGCGAGCAUAUGGAUAAAAUGAAGAGUGGUUGUAUAGUAUGCAACAUGGGACACUCGAAUACCGAAAUCGAUGUAAAUGGUUUGCGCACACCCGACCUGACAUGGGAGAAGGUACGCUCACAGGUCGAUCACAUUAUAUGGCCAGAGGGCAAGUAUAUUAUAUUAUUAGCCGAGGGUCGUCUCGUCAAUUUAUCAUGCUCCAGCAUACCAUCUUUCGCCGUGUCAAUUACUUCGGCCACCCAAGCACUCGCACUCAUCGAACUAUUUAAUGCGCCACCCGGACGCUACAAGUCUGAUGUUUACUUGUUGCCAAAGAAAAUGGACGAGUAUGUAGCCAGCUUACAUUUGCCAACAUUCGAUGCACAUCUAACCGAAUUGUCCGAUGAGCAGGCCAAGUAUAUGGGUCUCAACAAAGCCGGUCCAUUCAAGCCCAAUUACUAUAGAUAUUAGAGGCCAGUGCGAUGUGCGGGAGGGGGUGCUAAGAGAAUGAAAGUGGAGUGUAAAGAGCGCUGUGCAAUUUGUCGAUACCAAACACGUAUGUUAUCGUCUCCGAGAACAAAAUAAAGUAAAAACAAAAACAAAAAUAAAUUGAGAGCGCGCGCAAACUGCCAACGAAAGUAUUCUAAUUUGAAGCGUUUCAGCAGGGUUUAAAGUUAAUGCUGAAGCUGAGCUUAUACACUAUAAUUGGUUAAGAAGAUUGAUUAAGUAAUUGUAACGGAACAAAAAAGAAAUAUCGAAGCACUUAUUACAACAAUAACACAUACAAAAACAAUAAAUAAACAAAAGCUGCUUGCACACAGCAAUGAAACAAUAAUUUUUUCAAUAAUAAAUAAGUGCAGCAAACAUACACAUACACGCAUACACUUUUCCCAUUUGCAAGGCUUUAGUAGAAAAAUUCCAAACAAAAUCCAUUGUAUUAAAAAAAAAAAUUGUUUAAAAUUUAAUUUUAGUUUAUAGUUAAACUUUGUAUUCACAUGGAAGCAAAGUACUUGCCUCUAUGAAUGAAAAUAAGUAACGAAGCCUAUCAUAUGUAUUAGUAUACUAUAUAGCAUUAACUCACCACCACUUUACAAUGACAAUGAGCUUCAUGACAAAAACGCAAAUAAACUAAUUAAAAAAAUUAGAACAAAAAAAAAAUGGAAAAAAAUACUAACAAAUAGAAAGUGAAUAAGCUAAGAAGUGCUAGCGAAACACGAAAACAAAACGAACAUUUAGUACACAUUUCUGCCGUGUUGAAUUUAAAUUUAAGACUACUAACAUACAUACAUAAAUAAUUACAGUGAUGGGGGGAAAACUCAUUUCAAGUAUUCUGUGUGCAUUUUGGGUAAUUCACUCUUGCAAUUACAUAUAGCUUAUUUUUGUUUUUAAUAUUUGUAGGUUCUAUUUUUGAAAUAUGACCUUAUUGCUUUGGUUUUUUUUUUUAUGUUAAGAAUUUUAUGCAUUCUCUUAUUUAAAAUAAAAAAAUUAAGCUUCCCAGCUCUUGUUGCUAACCACCAUUUGUUAUAAAUUUCCAUAUACGUAUACAUAUAUUUCUUUUGCAUUUAGCACAAGCUUACCGUAAAUUUUGCUCUAUUAAAUUAUGACGCUUUUAGUAAAAAUAUAUAUUCCAUUUUUUCGUUUAAACUAAUGUACUUAUACAAAAUACAUAUAUUUAUUGCACAUACAAAAGUAUUUAAAAUGCGUCUUAGUAUAGCUGAGUCAACAAGGUUUACAUAUGCGCUGUAAUAAUGUAUUAUAAUGAGCAAAAAAGUAAUAAUGUUUGUAAAAAUGAAGCAACGUUUAAUAAAAAAAUAAAAUCGAAAAAAAA